CUGCUCAGUAAGCGGCGGCGUAGGGGACAGAAAGCGCUGCUGCUCCUCUCUAGACCACGCCCCCUUCCUCCGCUCAGCCUCUGCUCGAAGAAGCGUUUGUGGUUUCUGGAGAGCACCUAGCACCGCCACUGCCGGAGGUCCGGGUCAGGUUGACGAAGACACGGUUUCCCGGUGAGCCAGCCCCUCUCCCCUAGGCAACCCCCACACACGCAAGGUCUGAAGAUGCUGAGAUCAAUGUGGAAUUUUCUGAAACGUCACAAAAAGAAAUGCAUCUUCUUGGGCACAGUCCUUGGAGGAGUAUAUAUUCUGGGAAAAUAUGGACAGAAAAAAAUUAGAGAAAUACAAGAAAGAGAAGCUGCAGAAUACAUUGCCCAAGCUCGGAGACAGUACCAUUUUGAAAGUAACCAGAGGACUUGCAAUAUGACAGUACUGUCCAUGCUGCCAACACUGAGAGAGGCCUUAAUGCAGCAACUCAACUCUGAGAGUCUUACAGCUUUGUUGAAAAACAGGCCUUCAAACAAGCUGGAAAUAUGGGAGGAUCUAAAGAUAAUAAGUUUCACAAGAAGUAUUGUAGCUGUAUACAGCACGUGUAUGCUGGUGGUUCUUUUGAGAGUCCAGUUAAACAUAAUUGGCGGAUAUAUUUACCUGGAUAAUGCAUCAGUUGGCAAAAAUGGCACUACUGUUCUUGCUCCCCCAGAUGUACAGCAGCAGUAUUUAUCAAGUAUUCAACACCUCCUUGGAGAUGGACUUACAGAAUUGGUCACAGUCAUUAAACAAGCUGUACAGAGGAUUUUAGGAUGUAUUUCUCUUAAACAUUCUUUGUCCCUUUUGGACUUGGAGCAAAAACUAAAAGAAAUCAGAAGUCUUGUUGAGCAGCAUAGGUCUUCUUCUUGGAUUGAUAAGGAUGUCUCCAAGUCUUCACUGUGCCAGUAUAUGAUGCCAGAUGAGGAAACACCAUUAGCAGCUCAGGCCUAUGGGCUUUCUCCCAGAGACAUUACCACUAUUAAACUUCUCAAUGAGACAAGAGACAUGCUGGAAAGUCCAGAUUUUAGUACAGUUUUGAAUACCUGUUUGAACAGAGGCUUCAGUCGGCUUCUAGACAACAUGGCAGAAUUCUUUCGGCCCACUGAACAGGACCUACAACAUGGAAACUCCAUAAACAGUCUGUCCAGCGUCAGCCUGCCUUUAGCUAAGAUAAUUCCCAUAGUAAACGGACAGAUCCAUUCAGUUUGCAGUGAGACACCUAGUCAUUUUGUGCAGGAUCUGUUGAUGAUGGAGCAAGUAAAAGACUUUGCUGCUAAUGUGUACGAAGCAUUUAGUACCCCGCAACAACUGGAGAAAUGACUUUUUCUUUCAAGAAAAACCAGAGCGGCUUCAUCUAUAUUAAAAAGUACUCUGAAUAAAUCAUCUAUACCUAGAGUGACAAUUUGCAACCAAAAUGCCUAAUAAAAUCUAUUCGUAAGCAAAGUCUUCAUUUCACAAUGAAGUAGAUCCCUUUGGCACCUUUCUGUGUUUUUAGCUCAUCAGCAUCUACUCCAGCAGGUGUAUCUCUCUGGUGCAGAUCACGUCAGCAUCGCUCAUCAUCUGUGGCAGCCUGGAUGGCUGAUC